AUGAGCCGGGUGCUCAUGGAUCAUAUCGCCAGUAGUUUUCGCGAAGAUGCCCCUAGACCCCCGGUGCCUGGGGAGGAGGGCGAUGCGCCCUGCUACCCCGGCAAAGUCGCAAUGAUGACAACCGCGGAACCCCCCAAAUCGGUUCUGCUCGGCUCUCCUGGCUCCUCAGCGAGAAGGAACGAGGAUGGUCUGGGGGAGCCAGAGGGGAGCGCCUCCCCGGACUCACCGCUAUCCCGGUGGACAAAGUCUUUGCACUCUCUCCUCGGGGACCAGGACGGCGCUCUUCUUUUCAGGACAUUCCUGGAGCGGGAGAAGUGCGUGGACGCGCUGGACUUCUGGUUCGCCUGCAAUGGCUUCAGGCAAAUGGACCUCAAGGAUACCAAAACGCAGAGAGCCGCCAAAGCAAUUUACAAGCGCUACAUCGAGAACAACAGCGUAGUCGCUAAACUGCUCAAACCCGCGACUAAGACCUUCAUUCGGGAUAAUAUCAAGAAGCAGCACAUCGACUCUGCCAUGUUCGACCAGGCGCAAACCGAGAUCCAAACCAACAUGGAGGACAGCGCGUACCAGAUGUUCCUGACCUCUGACAUUUACCUGGAGUACGUGAGGACGGGGGGAGAGAACCCCAAUCAUGUCACCUCCAGCGGGUUGGGCGACCUGGAGGUUGUCUGUGGAUACCUGUCCACGCUGAACGAAGAGGAGGAGUGGAGUUGUGAUUUCAAAACCAAAGCGCUGGUUGGACUGUCAGCCAGGGUGCACAGGGCCCCCCUGUCCAGGAGGGCGAUGGAAGUUAUGGAGAAAGGAUACAGAUCCUACAAGAGAGGGGAUGCCUUCAACUCCUACCACAUGGGCUCCUUCGCCCCUGUCUGCAGCACCAAUGACAGCGAGGUCUCGAGUGACGCUUUGACCGACGAUGCCAUGUCCGUGACAGACGGCAGUGUAGAUGGCGUCCCUCCCUACAAGUUGGGCUCCAAGAAGCAGCUACAGAGGGAGAUGCAGCGCAACAUGAGGAUGAACAGCCAGGUCUCUCUGCCUGCCUUCCCUCGAACUCGAUGUCCGCCAAAGGAGAUGGUCCCAAUGGAGCCAGCAGAGUUUGCAGCUAAGCUCAUCUCACGCCUGGAGAGCCUGAAGAGAGAGCAGGACACCCUCAGCUCCCCGGAGGAGAGGCUCCAACAGAUCCAAGAGGAGGAAGAAAGGGAGGACACUGAGAUAGUAGGGAGUGCUCCUCAGCUCUCCCCUCAUCCCUUGUCUCUCCUGUCUGGCUCCUCUGACGAGGAUCCCCAGGCCAUCUUGGAUGAACACCUCUCCCGUGUGCUGAAGACCCCUGGCUGUCAGUCCCCUGCUGUCGUCCGACAUUCACCCCGCUCCAGCUCGCCAGAGCACAGGCCUCUUCCCCGGGGAGGGUUCGGAGUCAAGGCCGUGGUAAGGACAGGGGCCCCCAGUUCUUCUGUCUCCAGUCCUGACCAAGGAUCGUUCACGCUGGCCUUGGGCCCAGGCAGAACCCUGAUAACUAGACAGAGCACGAAACAUAUCCACCAUCACUACAUCCACCAUCAUGCCAGUCCCAAGAGUAAAGAUCAGAUUGAAAGAGAGGCGGCCUUCAGGGUACACAGUCUGUGCUCCACCAGUGGAGACUGCCCUCCGUGCCAAAGUUAUCAACGCAGCCGCAGCCUGGGCCGAGAGACAUGCGGGGCUGCUUCAGCAGACAACACGAUGGGAAGGUCCAGCUCCUUAUCCAGACACAUGUGUCAUUCAGGAACUGAUGACGGUUUGGCAGAGAAAUCUGUGGAAGACUGUGGGCCAGUACAGCUGCCCACCGACACAGCAGACCCCACCCAAAAUGUAUUGCAGUGGAUUCUGGACAGCAAACAGCGAGGAAGAUAUAAGUCUCACAGUACCCAGAGCACCAAGAAGUCCUUUGGAGCCUCUUCCACCCAGACACACACAUGGGGUGGUGGAGGAAGCUGUGGCCACCUACGUAGCCACCAGCCAGCACAACCAUUUAUCCAGGACCCUGCCAUGCCUCCCCUACCCCCUCCCAACACUCUGGCCCAGCUGGAGGAGGCCUGUCGCAGACUGGAGGAGGUCUCCACCAAAACCAUCAAGCAGAGGCAUCCUCCGUCUGGAGUCCAGCGUGAGAAGAGCCAUCUAGUGCCUGCCCAGUCUCUAGCCAGUCCUGGUCCUGUCGGUCUCCUAGCUAGCCCCGGUCUCCAAUCUGAAGAGAUAAAAGAGUGCAAGAAGAGUUCAGGGAGCCACGGGGUGUGCAGUGGAGGUGAGACAGUGGUGACAUAUUUCUUCUGUGGUGAGGAGAUCCCCUACCGGAGGACCAUGAAGAGCCACAGUCUCACUCUGGGCCACUUCAAGGAGCAGCUUCGAAAGAAAGGCAACUACAGGUACUACUUCAAAAAAGCCAGCGAUGAGUUUGAGUGCGGCGCAGUGUUUGAGGAAGUUUCAGACGACUGCUCGCUGCUGCCCACGUACGAGGGGAAGAUCCUGGGCAAAGUGGAGAGGAUGGAGUGACACCAAGCUGCCCAUGUUGUGGAAUAAACUUGCACCAAUUCUAUGGAUGUACUCCUUCGGACACUCAACAGACGCCUACAUGACACGGGUGUCCUUUAAGCUAAGACUGUGUGAGCGGAGAUGUUGAAGUCGGAGAACAGAGGAAGCCACAGGAAGGAGCAAACUGCAGGACUUAAAUUCAAGUGAAGAAAUGAUGGUGUUCCCGGACUGAAACGUCUCCACGUUCUCAAAGAGAAAACACUAGAGACACUAGGUGAAUGACCACUUGUCAGAGGAAUUAGGGUGGUGGGUUUGAAUCUGUGACUGUCACCCACUCUUGGGGCCCUACCUGUGCGAGCCUCAGCCCACAGGCACUGGCCAGCACGUUGCUUCAUGUAUAUGCAGAUAUAAAAGUGUACAAUGUAUUGUAUUUUGGAAUGCUCGAAUUUCUGUGUUAAGAUUUUAUUGCUAUUUAUUGGAGCGAUCCCUGCCCUGUCCCACUGAAGUCUGCCAUGGACAAGCUGCUUAGAGUCGGAGAAACGUCUCCACUUUCCUCAUCUGUGACCCCCGUAGCUGCUGUGCAUCUGUUUAGGCAAAGAAAAUAAUGUUUAUGAAUUCUCAGCCCCCCUUUGAAUUGUAACCUGAAAAAAAAUACCUCUUUUCAAAAAUCUCCCUGGAUCUUCAGAGAACACGUGCGAUCUCAUGGCCGCAGGUUUUACUGCUGAGGCUCUGAGAACAACACCCACUCCACUUCAAGAGUUUGAUAAUAUAUUUAUGACAAAAGUGCUCCUUUGUGGCUGUGCCCCCUCUUACCUCCAUGUUACAAAGCCCCCGCCCCCAACAGAAAUAUAAUUCUGCUAUUGAUGUUUAAUUCCCAAGUGUGGAAACUCCUGUGCACAGCCAGCCUUUGCUCUGUCGCGCGUUAGUGCCUUUGUUUCGGUGGCACAGGCAUUAGACAAAUAGCCACAAAUAGUGGAAUCUGAACAGAUUCCCCAAAAAUGUGUUUACACCCCCAGGUCCUAUUUGCCAACAGAAAGCUCUAUGAUGUUCUCCCCAAAUGUGCGUACUUAUGUGUGACUGAGAUGCUUUAGAUUAGGACCAUUCUGUGUGUUUGAGAGUCCUGCACCGUGAGCUGCAGAUGACGGUGAAGGUUGUGAUCAUGAACAUUACGUCCUGUAGUGUUGUAAUAGAGUACAGAAGCUGUGCCUACAUGGGUUCUUGCCAUGUUUUACCCAGUUUUCAGGGUCUCGUUACUCCCUUGGUUUUUCAAGGGCCCUUAUGUUGAAAAGAUAUUUUUAUGCUUUUUAGUAUCCGUUUCAUCAUGUUUAUGUUUUAUAAUAUUUUUCAUGGCUUCCUUGGCUCCACGUGUAAACUGUAAAUGCGUUCUAUAGAGCUCAGUUGAAAAGAUGCCUCGGUACUUUAAUUAUUGUAAUUAUAAAAGAGAUGUAGCCUUUAUUAAAAUGUUCUAUUUUUCAAAUUA